AUGAGUUUCGAAGUGCAAUCAGAGCGAAAAGAAGACGACGCUUCUUCUGGACGGAGUGAUGCUCUGCUUUCAGCGGAUCAGUCAUCCAAUAAGCAAGAAAGUCACGUAUCGAACGAUCAGCCCUCUGAUGCUCAUUCGUCUUACACUGGUUUCUCUAAGCAGACGACUGUGACCGUGUUGACAUCCAGGACAUCCCCUGGAUGCUUUCGAAGCCAAGGAGAUAUUCAAUCAAAACGGAGAAAUAAGCCAAAGGUCGCACCAAGAACUACACCGAGAAAGUUCAAUAAGCCAAAAUCAAGUCUUCCACCACUAGAUUUCGGUUCAGCGGGGUUGGUUGGCAGAGACAAAGAAUUAGCUACUUUAAAGUCCUGCAGCGAUCGUCUGAUGAAGGAUAGAAAGAAGGAACUUAUCCUGGUAGGCGGGCAGUCUGGAUCUGGAAAGUCAAGCAUAAUCCGAAGCAUGGAAAACGAUAUCCCCGUUGAGGGACUAUUUGUGGAAGGCAAGUUCGACAUGAAUACUAGUAACGAACCGUAUUCUGGAGUAGCAACAGCCUUUGGCGUCAUCUGCCAAAAGAUCAAGGAAGCAGGACCAGAGACUGUUGCGGAUCUGCGACAGGAUCUGCGAAACGAGUUGGGCGAUAAGCCUGGAAUGUUGGUACAUCUGAUUCCUGAUAUCCAGGACAUCAUGGUCGUCGAGACCUCUGAUGACUCAACAGAUGGAUCAAUCGAUAGAGUGGACGAGACGGAAGGGGGAGUCGACCGUCUAAGAUUCGCAUUUCGAGCUCUGGCUCGAGUCUUCAGCGCUUUCUUCUCUCCGCUAGUCUUGUUCUUGGACGACCUUCAGUGGGCGGACGUGUCAUCACUCCUAGUCUUGGAGUAUUUGGUUUCCGAUAGCGAAAAUGAGAACCCGCUCAUGAUCAUCGGAAGCUAUCGAACUGAAGAGGUGAAUGAAAACAGUUUGCUCCACAACAAAAUAGUAGGUCUUCGAGAAAAGACCGACAAGUUUCAUUUUCACAUGACCGAGUUGAUGAUCGAAUCUUUCAGCAUCAACAGCAUUGAGACUGUGAUCACAGCAGUAUUGCCAUCACUAAGAGCCGACCAUAUAGUUGGGCUCGCUGCUUUAUGCCACAAGCGCACGCUCGGAAAUCCAUUCUUUACAAUCGAAUUUCUGAAGAUGCUGCACAUCGAAGGAAUGAUGGCGUUCGAUGAAACAACGAAGACUUGGUCUUGGAAUCUUUCGGAGAUAAAAAAAGAGACCAUGUCUACUGCGAAUGUAGUUGUCAUGCUGGAAGAAAGUUUGAGAAAGCUACCAGAGCAGGUACAAGCACUUUUGCAGUGUGCGGCCCAUCUUGGAUCGACGUUCAGUGAGCCGACGAUCGAUCUUGUUUGGAGCGUCUAUGGUCGAAGGCUGGUGGAAACGAAAACAGAGCCAGUUUCGUCUCUGCUUCCGUUGCUCGUUGCUGACGACAUAUUUGAGAAAAGUGAGAAUCAGCAAUAUCGAUGGGCUCAUGACAAGCUUCAAGAAGCUGCACUUUCUCUCUCGGGCGAACUACGAGAUACCUUUUGUUUGGACAUUGGAAAAAUUCUGUAUUAUGGAUUGGCGGAGGAGCAUGUUGAACAAGAUCUCUUUACGAUUGUUGACCUCAUCAACAAUGGUAACGCCUCGAAGAGGCCAGAAUUUGCUGCCGCGAAUCUUAGAGCAGCAGAAAAGGCACGCGGCACCUCGGCGUUUCAGGCUGCCAGUGAAUAUGCUUCGGAAGGCAUUUCUCUUUUGCAGGACACCGACUGGGUUCAAAACAAGACCGUAACCCUGAACCUGUAUACUAUUGCAGCAGAAGCAGAACUCACUCUUGGGAACGUUGCCGCCGCUGAACGAUACAGAGAGGCUGUCCUAUCGCGAUCAGACCUUUCGACAAUUGAGAUGCUACCAUUGCAGGUCGGAAAAGCCAAGGCAUUGGGUGACGUUGAAGUAAAACCGAAGGAGGCGCUGGAAUACUGUCUCAGCUUAUUGAAGAAUCAUGGCUGCCGAAUGACAUGGGUUCGACCAUUGGCACUUCCGCAAGCAGUCGCGAGUUUCAUUCGUGCCGUGAAAAAGGCAAAGGCAAAGCCGCAAAAGUUUUACGAGGAAAUGAAACCGUCCGACGACAAACAACUAAAGUACAUUGGGUACUUGCUUUCGAAAGCUGCCUACAAUGCAUACAUGGCUGGGGACGAUGCAAUGUACCUCUUAUCCACUGUGAAACUGGUUGAUAUUACAAUGGAGUAUGGCGUGAAUGAGUUCUCAGCAACUGCUUUCGCAUUUUUGGGCGUCAUAUCUAGCACCGUCUUGCAGGAUUACGAGGCAAUGGAACGGUUUGUAAAUAUUUCUCUUGGGAUGCUGAAGAAGUUUCGGGGAAUGCAUGCUGCAGAGUCAAUCUUUGUUGGACACCAACUGGGUCUAUACUGGGUGAAGCCCCUAGAGAUGGGUCGUGUUGUAGCAGAAAAGGCAAUUUUAGAAGGCAGAAGGGAAGGUGACUUUGUGUACACAUCGUGGUCCAUGUUGCAACAUGUCGUGUACCUCCCGUAUAUAACCGGGCGUCCAAUUCAUAAGAUCCUGGAAGGCUGUCCUGAUAUCUUGGCUGAGUUUGAAGAGACCAAAGCCGGGGCCCAUAUCUUAAGUACCAAGAACUACUACCAGAUGCUUUUGAAUCUCAGCGACCCUUUGUGUGAAAAUCCAAGUGUUCAUGUUGGUAAAAUAUACUCUGAUACGAAGGAAGAUCAUAGGGGGAACCCAGUUCAUUUGGCCGAUAAGGUUAUUGCAGAAGGAGAACUCGUGUUUUGGAACGAAGAUUAUGAGGUUAGUGCGAAACGAGCGCUUACGGUUGGCGAGGCCCACGCAAAGACAAACCCAGGCGUAUAUUUGAACCAGAUCGAAUCAUUUCAUCGUGCAGUUGCCCUAUACGCUGCCGCAAUCAAAACGAAGAAGGGCAAGUACAAGCGCGCCGCAAACAAGAUCAGAAAGAGAAUGGCAUCGUUGGCGCGAUAUGACAAUACCACCAUCCAGUACUACGACCUCUUUCUGACAGCCGAGCAUCUUGCGUCAGGUAAGAAGCCAAGAGAGGCAAGAACAAAGUAUGAGCAAUCCCUGGAAGCAGUGGGAAAGCUGGGCCACCUUCAUCAUCUCGGACUAUUGAACGAGCGAUAUUCAGAUUUUCUUCAACGGCAACUAUCGUUGGAAAAAGAAUCAAGGUAUCGAUUGGAACAAGCAAUCGGAUACUAUAGGGAAUGGGGGGCGGUUCAUAAGGUGAAAUCGUUAGAAUCAAGACUAAAACUCAGCAAAUCAUGA